AUUUUCUUUGUUGGAUAUAAAUGCAUUCUGUGGGCUUAUUGAGUCGUCAGGUCAACUUUCCUCUGUUUUUCCAUCUCCGGAUUCUCUUUAGCACAUUGCUUAUCACAUAUCCACGGCACAUAAAUAUUUUCAAGCUAGACACACAACUAUCAAAGGUUGAACUUUACAACUGUUCUAUAAGGACUCCCACUUUUAUAAAUGGUGCGCUACAGCGUCGUCUCAUCGUAGUUUUUUAUUUCCAGAUUCUGAUUCAUUUCUUUAGUCAUAUUUAAAAAACUACUAAAUAUGAGCCAACUCUUAAAACAGGCCAGGGAGUUAUAUAAGGCCGAAAAGUUUGAGGAGUGUUAUAAACUUACUGGAGUAACCCAAUGUUAACCAAAAUUAUACCUAUAUUUCAGGAACUGCUAGUUAAUUCACAAGAUUAUGGGACACUCGUUAUUCAUGGAGCCUGUUGCUCUCAAAUUGGGAACGAGAAGGAAGCGAUUGAAUCAUAUUUUUCCGCUCUUUCGAUUGAUUCUACAAACAACAUGGCUUGGAUUGGUCUUUACAAUGAAACAAAGAAAAACCCGGACAAAAAUCAAAGAAUUCUCUUAAGAGUAUGCACAGUACUAAUCGGAAAAUGCUCAAAAUCAGACCCCACUGGAAAAUAUUUAGAGUACGCAAAAACGUUUGUUCAAAUCGUGGUUCAGUUUCGACUACCAUUACCCUUUGAUUUUAAUGAAUUUAAUGAUAUAUGCGAAUUUGUUCUUGAACACGAUCCAGACAAUGUAUAUGCUCUUGAAGCUACUUUUCGUUUACAAAUCGAAUAUUUCUUAUUCUAUGGAUUUCCUGAAUUUAUUGACCAGAGUUUAUGUAAUAAAUUAAAAUUCAAGAAUAUAACGCAACAGUCAAGAGUACCCUUUAUCACUUCAUCAGCUGUGUACCUCAAACGAUUAAAACAAUUUGAACAAAUGUUAGAAACAAUACAACAAUCAACCGAUGUAACUAAAACAACUCAUAUUACACUAUGUUUGAGUCAGUUGUUAUAUCGUUUAUAUACUUAUUUCAUUCCCAAUUAUUCAUCAACCAAUAAUGUGGAUGAUGAUACUACAAAUUCUAGCAAUCAGAAUAAUGAAAAAUGUUCAGAUUUAUGGAAUCUUAUUCAAAGUGAUAUUAACAAACUUGAUUUCGAUGGAGUUGUUGGAUUUGUCAACUGUUCAAAGAAUGGAAUAAUUGAUCUUCAUGCUGGACUUUUGUAUGCAUUGGCGGCGUUUAAGCUGUAUCAAUUCAAGAGUUGUAAUGAGAUCAUUACUACAUUAAUAUCUUUUAUUAAUAGAAAUUCUAUACAGUUUUAUUCAGAAUCUAAAAGUCUAUCUGAACCUAUAUCGAAAUUUAUCAAUUAUGCAUCAAAUUCAAAUUUCUCUCAUCGUACAUUAUGUACACCAUUUCGUUUCAAUUUAAACGAACUUGAAGAGAAUAAUUUACCAACAAAACAUAUUUAUUCAAUAAUUAAGUCUUGGUUACGGAUACUGAAUAUGGCGAAUAUUUGUAAUUCAGAAAUUUCUACAAAAAAUACCCAGGAAAAUAUUGAAGAGAUUUCUUGUCAAUUGGCAAAUACACAAUUUAUCCUGUCUACUUGGAUAGAUGUUUAUCAAACUUUGUACUUGGAAUACUACCUAAUCGUUAAUAAUUUAGAAGUGGCAUUCAAUAUUCUUGAAAAGUGGAAAAUACAUCAUGGUUGCCAAAUGGAUGAGACAAUCCCAAAUAGUAUUGAUUUAUCUCCACGUUUUCGAAUAUGUCUGAUAUGGUUAAAAGUAUCUAAGCUUAUUUCUACGAAGUUGAUGAAUGAUUCCGAUAAAACAAUGUCACAGCCUAUUGUGAAUGAAUUUUUAGAUUUACUUAAAACAAAUAAUCUUACCAUUCAUUCAGCUCGUUAUCAGUAUUUGAUUGGUUAUGUAAUGAAAAUGUUUUCACAAUCUAUUACAAAUUAUCCUGAAACUAUGGGUCGUGAUCAACAAUUAAAUGCAUUUUCUCUUGGUGUUCAAUUGGACAAGUGUUAUUAUGCGAAUUAUUUACAAAUAGGUCAUAUACACCGUGAAAUGGAGAGUUUUAAAGAGGCAUUGACGUUCUAUUCUGAAGCCUAUCGUUUGAUGCCUUGUUCGCCAGUUUGCGCUUAUUAUUAUUCAGUGGCAUUGUGUAGGCAAGAAGAAUGGGAAAAAGCUUUAGAUGUGUAUUCAUUUAUUGAUCAUAUUGAUUUCACAAAAGAUAUGUGGCUUAAUUAUGGCUUAAUUAAUUUACGUUUGGGUCGAAUAAACGACUGUUUACCUGCAUUACAACGUGUUGUUUUAGCUAAAAAUGACGCAUUAUAUUGGGAAAUUCUUGGUGAAGCUUACUUAUUUCGUAGAAGUUAUGAAACAGCGGUAAAAGCUUUCAAUCGUGCUUUAGACCUAGAACCGAAUCGACCAUUUACACUAGUUCUAUGUGGAAGAGCUUAUCGUCAUAUGAAUGAUAUUUACUCCUCACUUUGUUGUUUUAAUAAUGCACUAAAGAUGAUUGAAAAUAAUUACAUGAUUGAUCGAUUAUACAGAAAAUUCUAUGUCUUGAUUAUGAAAGAAUUAGUUGAAAUUCAUAUGUUCAAAUGUCAGUCUGGCAUGUAUCAAGGAUUUACUGGUCAAGCGUUGAACGAUUUACAGCAUACUUUAACCUUGUUAAAUAAGUUAUUGAAUUAUUUUGUCGGUUCUAAAGUUGUACCAUUCUGGUUUUUCCGAUAUACAGGUGAUAUUCUUAGCCUAUUGUCUAUGAUUGAUGAUCCUGAACUAUUAAUCGAUGUUCCGACACGUUUAGUUUCUUUAAUGAAUGGUGCUCAGUGUCUAACUGAAUCGAAAGAGCCUACGGAAACGAUUAAAGUCAAUAUCGUCACAUGCCUUCACCUUGGUGGGAUUUAUUUAGCUUGUGCUCUUCGUACAUCUAUCAGUUCAGUUCGAUAUCCAUCACAUUCAUUAGAUCCAAAUGUACUCUCUACCAAUAAGGAUACUGAAUCGAGUACCAAUACUACUACUACUACUACGGCAACUAAUACAACGGAUCCAUUGAAGUUAUUAUUAAUAAGUUCUAUAUUAGUUAGUUUAGGUAUUAAUCAACUUAAUCAAGGUUAUUAUAUACAACGUAAUAAUAUUUCACAGGAAUCAUUAAUGACAACAAAUCAAUUGGAUCAUAUUAUUAAACCAUUCAAUUUCAUUAUAAUACCAAAUGAAUUAUUUUAUUUAUCUGAAUCAACUUUAAAAAAUGCAUUACAAUUAUUAGAGAAUUUAUCGAAUAUCUAUGAUGAAUUAUUAGAAGAAAUAAUAAAAGAGAAAAGUUUACUUGAACCAGGUACAAUAACAACUGAUGAUGAAAUUGAGGAACAAGAUAUACGUGAUCGUAUUGCUUUAAUUAAAAAACUUCAAUCACGUGCAUGGGCUGCAUUAGCUGGUGUUUAUUCAACAAGUGAUGAAAACUUGGAUUCAGAAAUCACCUAUUGUCUUUGUCAAGCAUUACUUUAUAAUCCUGAUAAUACCACCGUCAUGGUUAAUUUGGCAAUGCAACAAAUGAAACAGGGUCAAACUGAACUUGCAGUUAAUUUGGUAGAACAAGCUAAAGCGAUUGAUCCAGAUAAUUUUAGAGUUUGGCUUGUUUCAGCUCAAUUGACUGCUGUCAUGUCUGGUACUCCGUCGAUUGGUCCUGGUUUAUUAGUCAAUACGGAAGUAUUGAGUCAUUUGAUACAUGCUGCGUAUACAGGUUCAAAUUACCAAGUAGCGUCACAGCUUACACUGCAUCUGAUGCCUAUAAUUAUUGAAUAUGCUGGAUGUAAUUUCCUUUGUGAUCCAUCAGCGUCAUCUUGUCCAUCAAAAAGUAUGUCAGAAUUAAUUCAAGUUUUCGAUAAACGAGCACAUCUACGCCUAUCUAUCAAUGUGGCUAUAGAAUGCUUAAAUCGGGCUAUCGCUUUCCAGCCUAAUAAUAUACGAUUAUGGCAUAAUCGGGGUAUAUUACUCCAAUUAGUGGGAUAUUCUGUGCCCGCGAAACAUUGUCUUCAAAAAGCUGUUAUGUUAUUGAAUAAACAAAAUCAGUUAUCAUAUCGUGAUAAUCCAAAUGAAUUGGCAUUUUUCAGUCUUGUAUUAUCUCAUUAUUUUCUUAUUACAUAUAUUUGUGGAUCACCUGAUUGGAAAACUGCUGAUCAACUUCUUAAUUUAACUAAAAAUCCAAAUUCUACAUUUUGUCAUAGUUUAGCUGAGGCAUGCGCUAAAGGCAUUAUAUUUACAAUGCAUCCAGAUAAUCCACCACAAGAAAAUUUAUCACUAAUAUGUUUAACUGAAGAAAUUCAACGUCUUGUUAAUCAAGGAUCAUUAGUUACUAAAUCUGCAUUACAAUUUCAACCAAAUGCUGGUUUCUUAUUAUUAUUAGUUAUAAAAUUAAUCAAUUGUCCAUAUUUUGGUCCGAUACAAGAAAUUCAAAAAUUACACACUUAUUUAACCGGGAUUAUGAAACAGACCCAAUUAUCCAAUCAUCAUCAUCAUUAUUAUCGUCUUCUUGUUCAUCAACUGAUCAAUAUUAUAAUAUUUCAUUACCAUUAGCUUAUAAUUUAAGUCAAAUUGGUGUACGUUUAGGUCAAGAUGUUGAUUGGUUAAUGAAUUCACCAUUAUGUAAAUUAAUUUAUGAAAUUUCAUCAAAAAAACAAAUGGAAUAUGAAAAUUUAUCAAAUUUACCAGAUUUAUUUACUAAUCGUAUUAGUGAUAAUUAUUUACCAUUAGGUGGACAAUUAACUGAAAAUGAAUUAAAUAAUUGGAUUAUGAAUAAUACAUAUUUAUCAUUAUGUUCUUCGAGAAAAUCUUCUGGUCUAGCAUAUAUAUCACGUUAUUUAAUUCAACGUCCAAAUGAAUCAAUUCGAUGGAUAUUUUUAUUUGCUUGGUUAUUAAAUAAAAAUCCAAUUAGUCAAAUUACAAAUUUAUCUACAAUUGAAUUAAAACAAAAUACACUAAGUAGACAUAUUUCAAUGAAGACCACAUUACCAAUCUAUACAAAUUUAAUUAAUAAAUGUUUAUUAUGUAUUAAUCAGUUACGUAAUGAAUGUCCUAUGAAUUCAAUAUUUGCUACAGCUUUAGUCAAUUUUAGUUUAUGGUGGUUAACUGUGAAUAAAGUUCAUCAAUUAUCUAUACAACAUCAUGAUUUAUAUAUGAAUUUAUUGUUAAAUUUACGACGUGCUGCUAUUCUCUUCCCAGAUACACCGAAUAUAUUGUCAACAUUAAAGUUAAUAUCAAAAAGAAUCUAAAUUUAUUGUCCAGUGUUUAUUUUUUUUUAAUCAACAUUUUAAAGAAUCAUUAUUUGCAUGGAUUAUUACUAUCAUUAUAGAAAGUGAAUCGCAUCACCGAUGUUUUUUAUUCCCCUUUCGUUUUUUACAGAUUAUGCUUUUACUAUAGAGUUGUUGUUUUUUUCUUGUCGUCGUUGUCGUUGGUGGUGGUGGUGGUGGUGGUGCAAAACGUCUUGUUUUAGAUUCAACUAUAACUAACAAAUCUGAGGUCGAUUAAAAUCAAUUCAUAUUG